GGGGCAUCCCGCCGCCCGGGAACGGGCCUCUCUACAUCGCCGGGUAGCGCGCACGGUCCCGCGGGGAGGUAGAGAGUAAGACAAUGGCAGGCAACAAGCAGCUUUGCAUCCGACGUUGGACUACUAAGAACGUAGCCAAAUGGCUAAAGGAAGAAGGCUUCUGCGAGUACGUGGACGUUUUGUGCAAUAGACACAGAUUGGAUGGAAUUACAUUAUUGACACUGACUGAAUAUGAUUUGCGAUCUCCUCCUUUGGAAAUCAAAGUCCUGGGGGAUAUCAAAAGACUAAUGUUGUCGAUACGUAAAUUGCAGAAACAGCAUAUUGAGGUUUUAGAAGAGUUGGGUUACAACAGCGAUAGUCCCAUUGGCACAAUGUCUCCUACCGUUGGCUCCCUUCAAGAUACGGAUUGGUUUUGUAAUGGUGAAGUACCACGGGACUGUGGACCAGUUACUGACCUGAAUGCUGAUCAGUAUCAAUACACAAAUGGGAAAAACAAACAUCCUAUGCGAAGACUGGACCCUGAGUACUGGAAAACAGUCUUAAGUUGUAUAUAUGUUUUCAUAGUGUUUGGCUUUACAUCAUUUGUCAUGGUUAUAGUACAUGAGCGUGUACCUGACAUGCAGACAUAUCCACCGCUACCAGACAUAUUUCUAGACAGUGUUCCUAGGAUACCUUGGGCCUUUGCCAUGACUGAAGUGUGUGGUGUGAUUCUCUGCUACAUUUGGCUCCUGGUUCUCCUCCUUCACAGACACAGGUCUAUACUCUUACGCAGAUUGUGUAGCUUAAUGGGGACAGUGUUCUUGUUGCGUUGCUUUACAAUGUUUGUUACCUCACUCUCUGUGCCAGGCCAGCAUCUGCAGUGUUCCGGAAAGUUGUAUGGCAACGUGUGGGCAAAACUUCAGCGAGCAUUUGCAAUAUGGAGUGGUUUUGGAAUGACACUCACUGGAGUACAUACAUGUGGAGACUACAUGUUCAGUGGCCAUACUGUUGUCCUGACUAUGCUGAACUUCUUUGUCACUGAAUAUACACCAAGAAGCUGGAACUUCUUACAUACUUUAUCCUGGGUCCUGAAUCUCUUUGGAAUUUUCUUCAUUUUGGCUGCACAUGAACAUUACUCUAUAGAUGUCUUCAUUGCCUUCUACAUCACCACAAGACUCUUUUUGUACUACCACACAUUGGCUAAUACCAGAGCAUAUCAGCAGAGUAGGAGAGCAAGAAUCUGGUUUCCAAUGUUUUCUUUUUUUGAAUGCAAUGUUAAUGGUACAGUUCCUAAUGAGUAUUGCUGGCCCUUUUCAAAACCUACAAUAAUGAGAAGGUUAAUUGGAUGAAGAGUACCUAGUUUAAUCUAAGUUAGUAUGAAGUAUUCGUAACAAAUCUCU